GCAGUCUGUGUGGGACUAUGUACGUUUCGAUUGUGGCCGAGUCAUUAUCUAGGAAUUCUUUUGCCAAAAUGUUGCCUGGACAUUUAUUGAAUAUUUAAACACAAAAAAUCCAUUUGUUUUACGAGUAAAAAGUGUUUAUGUGCAAAGAGAACAGUUUUUUCGCAGAUAUACGAGACGAGACAAGAUGGCCGCCGUCAGCUUCACUCGAAACUUUCGAUUUUAAACGACCAUUAGGAUGUGACCUCUCUCUCCUUGCCUUGCAGAGGGGGUUGUCCCGGCGCCGACUAUGGGCGGAGUUUCAGUCCAUUCCCCCCCCCCCUCUUUUUCCUCCCUGCUCAAGUGCUCCCUGUUGUUCUUCUCCGUGAGGGUCGGUGGGUGGGGGGGGGAGAUCUAAAGGCAACAACAAUAACAACAUUGAACAUUCUUGCAGAGUUACAGGUAAAUCCAAUCCAAUUGAAUUGCAACUUUGAUUUCAUUAACGAACGAUUCCUUGUUUGCCUCUGUCUUAAUUCUAUUUCACAUUUUGAUUGAUUUCACAUUUCAAGUUUUCUUCUUUCGCCAUUACUUCAUUUGAUUUUGAUUUUAAAUGUUUGAGAGAAUCAAAGAAAGAAAACGAAUGAAAAAAUUGGCUUCGUUGUGGCUCUUUUCGCUUAUCACGUGACUUGUCUAUCGUCUCAGUGCCACGCGCUUGAGCUCCUCCAAAUGUGUCUUGGAUAAUAUCAUCGACUACUCCAGACAUCCACCCACCGCCGCCGCCGCAUUUUUUUACAUUUUUUUCUUUUUUCUUUUACCACCCGCCAGUACUCAAGUCCCUCCCCCCUCCCUCCCUUCUAGGGAGAGAGGGAGAGGGGGGUGGGGAAGGGGGGAGACGGAGCGCGGCUAUUUAACGCUGAUCUCCGGUUGCCGACCAGCGUGAAUUCUCCAUCAACAUCGGCCGGAACAAGUCGAACUUGAACAUUUUCCUUAGUCCCUCCACAUUCAGAUUUUUCUUUGGAACAAACAAAAUUUUUUUUUUUUUUCUCGUUCUUGUUUGGUUUCUGAUAUUCGGCGAUUUUUUUCUUUUUCCUCUCCAUUUGAUUUGGUCGGCCACUUGGAAACAAAUCGUCGUGUGAGUCGACUCUGCAACAACAAAAGUGUCAUCAACUUGACUUGCGAUCAUUUGAAGAGCAACAGCAAGAAAGAAAGGACGAGAUCAAUCGCAUUCGUCGAAACAAAAAAAGAAAAAAGGAAAAAAAAAAAAGAAUUUGUUGGAAGAAGAUGAUUCGCCGAGAAGGAGGCGGAACGGCAAGAGCGACGACACUAGCGGCCCUGGUGGCAUUGAUGCUCCUCGCUGGACUAACUCAUUACACAGUCACUGCUGCUCCAUGGGAAUCGGAACCGGAAUCAGGAUGUUACUACAUGUUCCAGCACUACAACGAAGGUGACCGUAUCAUCACCAACGAGCCUUGCCUCAACUGCACCUGUCACGAUUCGAUGCUCAUGUGCUUCCUCAAGGUCUGCCCGUUCGCCAAGCCCAUCGGACAAGAUUGCCAGAUCGAAAAACGGGCCGAUCAGUGCUGCCCCAUUAUUACCUGCCCAGAACUUCCGGUGCCCAUUAUGAGCAUGAACAUGACCUUGCCGGCAACCGGCGGCUCUUCAUCGUCAUCGUCACCGUCAUCGUCACUGUCAUCAUCUCCUUCUGGCGGCGUUGGGACGGCCGUGACGACGACAUUCCGACCUCCGCAAACGGUGGUGACGCCAUCGGGCAGCGUCCACCUCGGCGAAACGGAGGGCUGCAUGAUCGACGGCCUGUUCUACGGCGACGGCGCCCAGGUGCCGUCGGAUCCCAACAAGCCGUGCGACCUGUGCUACUGCAUCCGCAACCACACGGCCUGCGUCAUGCAGGAGUGCGUCCUGCAGGUGGAGGGAUGCUCGCCCGUCCUGCUCGACGGCGUCUGCUGCCCCGUGCGCUACGAUUGCGACGCCACCAACUUGACGACCAGCGGCAGCAGCUCGACGACGCCCGUGCCGAGCGGAGGACAGUUCGGCUGCACGCUGGACGGCCAGUCGUACAGCGACGGCGACUUCGUGCCGUCCAGCAACCCGUGCGACUACUGCUACUGCAUGCACGGCGACAUCGUCUGCGCCGUCCAGGAUUGCGCCCACCCGCUCGAGUACUUCUCCACCGAAUGCAAACAGGUGGCCAAAACUAAUCCGGCGCAGUGCUGCCCGACCUACGAGUGCGGCACCGUCUCGCCACCUGGCCCCGCCACCAGUUCGGGCGGCGAAGGCGAGCACACUACCCUUUCGGCUGUAACUGAGAGUGGAGCGCAAAGUGCGGUGACAUUCGUUCCGGACGUCAUUUCCUCAUCGGCUCCGGACGUCACUUCCUCAUCGGCUCCGGACGUCACUUCCUCAUCGGCUCCGGACGUCAUUUCCUCAUCGGCUCCGGACGCAACUUCCUCAUCGGCUACGGACGUAACUGCCCCAUCGGCUCCGGACGCAACUGCCUCAUCGGCUCCGGAAGAAUCGACUGUAUCCGCCUCUGAAGGAGCCGUUUCGGAAGGGUCAGUCUCGUUGGAAUCGACCACAUCGGCCUCUGAAGAACCAGCGUCAUCCGUUUCGGAAGGAUCAGUCUCAUCCGUUUCGGAAGAAUCCACGGCAUCCGUUACAGAUGAGGGAGCAGCGUCGUCUGUCACAGAGGGACCAGUUUCAUCCGCUACACAAGAUUCGACGGCAUCCGUUUCGGAAGGAUCAGUUUCCUCUAUUCCGGAAGAAUCGACGGCUUCCGUCCCAGAAGGACCAGCGUCGUCCGUCACAGAUGGCCCAUCAUCGCCCGUCACAGAAGGACCAUCAUCGCCCGUCACAGAUGGACCAGUUUCAUCGGCUACGCAAGAUUCGACGGCAUCCGUUACAGAUGAGGGAGCAGUGUCGUCUGUCACAGAUGGACCAGUUUCAUCCUCUACACAAGAUUCGACGGAAUCCGUUUCGGAAGGAUCAGUUUCCUUCAUUCCGGAAGGAUCGGUUUCCUCAAUUCCGGAAGAAUCGACGGCUUCCGUCCCAGAAGGACCAGCGUCGUCCGUCACAGAUGGACCAGCGUCGUCCGUCACAGAUGGACCAGCGUCGCCCGUCACAGAUGGACCAGUUUCAUCGGCUACGCAAGAUUCGACGGCAUCCGUUGCAGAAGGCAGUGGAUCGACGGAUCCGCAAGAAUCGACGGCAUCUUCCGUCUCGGAAGAGCCAUCCCCUUCCGUUUCAGACGGACCCGCAACGUCAGCUCCGCAAGAAUCGACAGGCUCCGUUUCCGAGGAAAGUGCAACUCCCGUUCCGGAAGAAGCAGCCACAUCGACGCCGGAAGGUACGAAGCCACCCGUUGCCGAGAGUUCGACUCCAUCGCAAGUGGACGAAGCCACGCAAGAUGUCGGCUCGUCCAGCAGCAGCGUCACCGUAGCCCCGUUGACCGUCCCGGAAGACAUCAAGACGACUCCGCUCGACGAGAACGAUGGCGCCACGGUCGCUCCGGCCCUACCUAUCGAUUCCGCUCCUCCGGCCACCGAUGCGCCGUUGCCCAGCCCAUCGACUCAACCGGAAGGAGAGUCUGAGUUGGUGACUGACAUCCCUUCAUCGUCCACGUCCGCCUCCACGUCGACUUCCCAAUCUGAAACGGAAAUGGAAGGCUCUGGAAGCUCGACGGAUGCCGGAAGCGAUUCGUCUGAAAGCCCCGCCCCGACCGUCUCCGUCUCCGAGUCGUCCGAAUCGGCGACCGAAACGACUGAUGAAACUGCGACGCAAGAUGCCGCUAGUAGCACCGGCAGCACUUCCGGCCCGCUCUCUUCGUCCACUGCAUCAUCCGCUGCAUCAUCCCCUGCAUCAUCCACUGCGUCAUCCACAGAGGAAACGACCGACUCUUCCGUAUCGGAAUCCGAAUCCGUUCCGAACGCCUCGACUCUUGCCCCGGUAGCGGAAACGGACGCGACGGACGCUUCCACCGACGACGAGGUGACGCUGAUCUCAUCGGAAGAAGCUUCCGUCCCAUCCGUCACGCCGUCGUCUGAAUCUCAAGUCACUGACUCUGAAGGGUCGACCGACGUGCAAGAGGGAGCCGUUCACUCGUCGACGACUACCGCCACCGCCGCUACGGAUUUCAUCCAGGAACCACCGACCACAGUCUCAUCGGUCGACUCGCAAGAGCCAACGGAUUCGUCUGUUGCGGAUGCAUCGCUUCCAGCAGCCACAACGCCAACGAGCUCUGACGCUUCACCGACCGAAGCCGAGUCUUCCACCGACGCGGCAGCAGCGCAAGGCAGCACUCCACCCUCAUCCACCACACCGGCGUCCGAGUCCGCAAUUGAAACGGACGCACCGGAAACGAGCGCUGAAACUUCGACCGAUUCCGCCCAAGGAAUACCGUCAGCCACUGAUUCGGCCGCCGUCACUGAUUCAGUCGCCGUCACGGACGCUUCCGUCAGCGCAGAAGAAAGCGACAAACCCACCGGCCGACCGGAAGAAGCUGUGAGUGUCACGGAAGUGGAUCCACUUUCGUCCACGGAUGGCAGCACUCCGAUCAGCGCAUCUUCGACCGACAGCGCCCAAGUGUCGCCCGACGACCAAUCGACCGACAGCCAAGGGCCAUCCAGCACGGAAUCCUCUAGCAGCGUGACAGGUGCGCCGGAAGCGGAAGAAACGCAGGCUCCAGAAGUCACCGAUUCCAGCGACUUGGACGUGAUGAUCGGGAGCACAUCGUCCGAUUCACCGACCACCAUCGUCGAAGACCAUACUUCCUCGCCGGUGGAAGGAGGAGGGGAUUCGUCGGCCACGACUGGAGCCCCGUCCAGCCACCACACGGUGCCGCAAACGGCCGCCUCGACGCUGGAAACGGAAGCGCCUCCGGCGCUGACGACGACUACGACGGGCGAGGACGACUCGUUCACGACGCCUUCGUCGGGCACGAGCGCCAUCCCGGGCGAGGGCAGCUGCUUGUUGAACAACGUGACGUACGCCGACGGAGCCGACGUGCCCGUGCCCAGCCCGUGCCAGCAGUCUUGCUCGUGCGAGGCGUCCAUCAUCCGCUGCGUCAUCGUCGAGUGCCAGGAGAAACCCGACCACAUGCCCAACUGCAGGCCCGUCUUCUCGCCGGACAAGUGCUGCCCUCAUUUCGAAUGCGACGACGAGCAACAAGUGGAGCCGACCACCGACCAACCGACUUUGACAACCCAACCGGAACCGGAAUCUGGAUCUGAAUCGUCGAGCAGCGCUUCGACACACGCGCCCCUCACUGGCACGGAAAGCUCGUCUGGAAGUCAAGUGGCCAGCACCGAUCGACCCGACGCUUCGUCGUCUGCCACCGAGGAAGGUUCCGGCGCGGAAGCAAGUGAAAUCGUGACGGAAGAGAGUCUUUCGACUUCAGCCGAAUCGCAGGAGACAACAGAGUUAAGCGGAGGAGAAUCGACGACGACGACGACUUCGCAACCAAUCGACGUCACCGAGGCCCAAGAGGAAUCCGCACCGGCUACAGAUGGAGCUGUUGACGCGUCCAGCACAUCGACCUCUACUCCGGACGCCAGCCAAUCGCAAACGACGGACGUCUCUUCCGGACAAGAAUCUUCUGAAACAUCGACGGACUCGACGGAAUCGACGGACUCGCCGGCAUCCAGCACCGAUGACACCGCGACUUCCUCAUCCGCCGCUGCCAGUGGAUCGCCAUCUGAAACGUCCGACAAACCGGAGGAAGUGGUGGCCACGGACGCCACUGGCGUCGACGGCACCGAGUCAGCGCCGCAAGUUUCGUCGACUGCCGACCCCAGCGCUUCGGUCGAUCCAUCGGGCCCGACGACCCCGUCGCAAGAAAUCGAUUCCGGCUCUCAGGUGUCGGUCGAAGCGACGGACGCACCCGACGCUGGAUCGGAGUCAUCGCCAUCGCCAUCGCCGAGCAGCCCAGAGUCGCCUUCGACGGAAUCGCAAUCGCAAUCCGGCACGGAAGGAAUGGACUUUGAGAUCCAAACGCAACCGCCGGCAACGGCCAGUCCGACCAUCGAAUUGGGCGGCCCUUUGACCGGCGCUCCUUCAACGGACGAUGACGAAACAGUGGCCAGUACCUCCAGCCCGUCGUCGACAUCCGCCCCGGAAACGACCGACUCUUCCGCUGAGAUCGACGGAUCUGGAUCUGAAUCUGGAUCUGAAUCUGAAUCUGAAUCCAGCGGUGAGCCUGCGGUUACCGUUGCAACGCCGCAAGAAGAAACGAGCACAACGAGCACAUCCGAACUGGAAGCAUCGCCUUCGGCUGAACCGGCUGCGACGACCGAGUCUUCCGCACCUUCUGAAUCCGUUUCCGUUACCGAGUCUGGAGCCGGAGCUUCGCUGACCGAUGCGCCUUCGGGAGCGUUGACGACAUCGGAACCGACUGCGACAGAAUCUGAUGGAUCGUCAUCGUCGGCCAGCGCAACGACCUCAUCGACCGAGACGCCGCCGGAGCCAACGGAUGCUGAAGACUCCGCCACGACGCAAUCGGCUUCCGUCAGCACGGUCGGAUCGGAGGAAACUGGUGCCCCGACCACCGAAUCCGCCCCGCUCGCAGUUGAAACCGGAUCGACUGGGGUCCCAUCCGCCGCAACAGAAUCGCAAGAGUCUACGGCACCGCAAGCCGCUGGAUCGACUGAAUCAACGCAGGCGCCGCUAACUGAAUCUGAAUCGCAAUCGGUUGCAACUGCGGCCCCUGAAUCGACUGGAUCUACGGCCGCAUCGCAAGGUCCUUCCGACGGAUCGGAUUCCGGAGAGGCCACGACACCCGAAUCGGCCGGAUCGGCCGAAACCACUCACGCCCCUUCUUCAGUCUCAUCGACGCCAUCUGAAUCUGAAUCGGAAUCUGAAUCGGAAACGGAGGCGGAGGUGGUCGUUACAUCGAGUGGAUCGACGACCGAAUCUGGUGCGACGGAAGAAUCUUCUCAAGCUGCCGUCGUCUCGUCCACCCAACAGGCGCCAUCCACCGACGCGGAAUCUGAGGCAACUACCCCAUCCGCUCCAUCGACAACGGAAUUUGCAGCCGCAUCCACCGGAUCGACGCCUUCCUCGACGUCGGAAUCGGCCGAAUCAGCCGCCACCGAAGGCGCUGCCCAAUCCCCUUCGUCCGUCUCAUCCAGCAGCGAAUCCGCCGCACCAUCAGCGACAGCAACCACGCAAGAUCCCUCAUCCGCAACGGAAUUGUCAGGAUCGACCAGCGCUUCCGAAUCCGCUCCCAUUGGCCCCGGAUCGGAAGGCGAAUCGGCGCCGUCUACGAGCGCAGGAGCUGACGGAACGACGGAAGCUUCGGCUUCUCAGACUGGCGCCACUGACUCUGUCGAGUUGACACCGUCCGAGUCCGAGUCCGGCGCUGCGAGCGAAGCGACGCAAGCUCCAAGCGUCGGAUCUACUAGGCCACCGCUGACGGUCGGAUCCGGAUCCGGUGGAUCGACUCGACCGCCAUCGACCACUGCACCGACCACUGCACCGACCGCUGCACCGACCGCCUUACCCACAGCCGAACCCGUCACCACCAGUCACCCAGCGACAGCGACAGCAACAGCAACAGCAACAGCCGAAACGGCCGAGUCCAGCACCACGGCCGUCACCGUCUCCGAGAUUCCGCUGAGCGCCAGCAGCAUGGACUCGGCCAAUUUGGAAACGUCGUCGGGCCCGACUUCGCCCGCCACGCCGACCGACGUGGAGGAACCCGACAUCGCGCCCGGCGCGUGCCUCUUUGACGGCAAGGUGUACGUCUCUGCCCAGCAGAUUCCGCGCGACGACCACUGCGACUUCUGCUUCUGCUUCCGCGGCGACAUCAUCUGCCUGCAGCAGUCGUGCCCGCCGCCCAUCCCCGGCUGCCUGGAGGAGAGCAUCGCCGGAUUCUGUUGCCCGCGCUACGAGUGCCCCGUCCGUCAGGUGACGCACAACGUCACCUGGCACUCUGGCGAUCACCGCAACAACCCGAGCGCCUUCGCCGCGCUGGCCGGCAUCCCGCAAGGCUUCAACGUCGAGCUGAGCGACGGCGUCCAAGAUGGCGAUCAGGUCCAAGUGGAAGGAUGCGAAAUCAAAGGCGAAUUCUACCGGUUCGGUGAACUGGUUGGACCCGCUUCCGGGCCUUGCCUCGAAUGCCGAUGCGGUAAGGGUGGCAUGAUGGAAUGCGAUCCGCGGGAAUGCCAACCGGAACCGACGCUGCGGAAGGUGAUGGCGCUGGCGGCUACGCGUCGACGCCGACACGUUGACGCCGAAGGCCUCGUCUGGAUCGGUGGCAAGCCGAUCAGACAUUGAGACUUGUCUCGACUGUCCUCUUUUGAAUGCCCGCCACAAACGUCCAGCCACGUGUAACACGUUCCCCUCUCCUUUCUUUCCUUCUUUCUUUCCAGACGACUUUUUACGGAGUAGAUGUGACUCUUUCAUUUUUAAAUUUUUCAUUUUUUUUAAAUUUUAUUAUUAUUUGACUUGAAACAUAUUUUUGAAGUGAAGUGAAUGCACGCGAUCGAAAGUGCAAGGCCAUUUUUAUAUGACGAUUUCCAGUGAAUUGUUUGACUAUCUUGUUUGUGUACGUUUCUCUCUUUACAUUUCUGGUAAAUAGGUUCUUCAUUUUUUUUGAAAUCUUCAUCUUUUUUUCAGGCCGCUCAAGAAGAAAAACGGCGUUGAAUCACGUUCCACUACUCCUCCCCACCCCCAUAAAAAAGGCCCAAUUAGAAGAUACCUGUGUGCUUAUAUUUAUUCAUUUCAUACCAAAAAAAAACAAAGCGAAAAACAAAACAAAAAAAAAACAACAGCAAAAAUGUGUGUAGGGAUUUGCAAUUGGCUCCUUUUCUUCUUAUAAGGUUUAUUGAUUUUUAACGCCCCUACUAAUUGUGUCUUUUUCCUUUAGCAAAUAACAUUAACACGCGGUUUUAGCUGUUAGGAUCAAAUUAGGUUUUCAAUUUUUUUUUUUUUUUCUUUUAAACUAAACGUACCCGGUAGGAAUUGGAUGGAACGUAUUGAUGGAUUUUUUGGUUUUUUUUUGUUUUGUUUUUGUUUGUUUUUAAAUAGGACAUUUUGUGUUGGAUUAAAAACAAAGACGAAAAAAGAAAAAAAAAAACAAGGGGUGGAAAAACGAUUGGAUUUCUUUUUUGAAACAUUGAAAAAAAAUUUUGAUUCUAUUAUGGUUUUGACUUGGGGGAAAAUGUUGAUCUAUUUUUGUAGUAAUUUUUCAUUGAGGUGAUGGGGUCCAUGUCAUAGCGAUUGCUGCGCUCUACUCGUAUGCGUUUUGUUUUUCGAUUUUGUUCCGUUCUUUUUGCGUGUUUUCGUAUUAUACCCAACUUUCUCGUUAUUAGACAAAGUGACGACGCUGCUCAACAACAACAACAUCAACAACAACAACCAAGUGGAUUCAAAUAAUCAAUUUUCAAAGGCAAACAGAUGAUUGCAGGAAUCGUACGUGCGGCAGUUAUUUUCUACAACAACAAAGGAGGGGGGAGGGAAUUAGAAGAACAAACAACAGCACAGAAAGAAAGAAAGAAAAGGAUUCGGCUUCCUUUAUUAUUUAUUAUUUAGUCGUUUUCAGCUUUGACGUUUCAUUUUUGGGUUUUUUUGUUUUUGUUUUGUUUUUUGACGUACGACAUGUGUGCAUAAUGUUUCAUCUUCUUGUGUUGGGCUCUUGUUAUUUCCUGAUCGAAAAGAUGCACAACGACUCCCUCCCCGCGCUCGUCCCUAGUGGUGAUUUACACAAUACUCUCUCUACUCUCUUUCUCUUUAUCCCCAUUUGUUUUUUUUCUAUUUGACGAUUCGUUUUUGUUUCUUUCCCCCCCUGAAUUUGUGUACCUUUUUUUUUUUUUUUGGUUUUGUUUUGUUGUCGAUUCAUACCGACCUGCAAUAACAAUCAUUGUGAAGCAAA